CCUCCACCGCAACAACGAAACGUCCAUCGCCCACUCCUCGUUCACAUUCACCAUGCGCGUCCAAGGAUGGGACCCGGUAUUGAUUGUGUCGCAGAUCAUCUGCCUCCAGUCAAUCCACUACCUCACCCUCUCGCUCCUCCUCCCGCCGCUGCUCUCGGGCCUGACGGCGCCCGCGCUCCUCUCGUACUCCGGCGGCCCGCGCACCGUCGCGCACAUCAUGGACUGGCGCGAGAUGGCUGCGCGGCCCGCCGUGCGUACCGGCGGCGUGUGGGAGCGCGUGCGCGGUGCAUGGACGGGCGGGAAGAAGGUCGCGCAGCACGCUAGCGAGGGUGAGGGGGGCGUCGCGUGGGAUUAUGGCGUGGAUGGGCGCCGCGGGUGGAUUAUUGGCGCGGCGUGGAUCGUCGCGAGCGGUGUUGACAUCGCACCCCUCUACUUCCUCAUCCGGCGCCCGACGUACAUCCUCGACUUCGCACUCACCCUCACCUUCAACCACAUUCUCUUCACAACAUACUACGCAAAGGCCUUCCCCACCAGCCUCUUCUUCUGGGUUGUGCAGGCCCUCGGCGCCAUCCUCAUGAUCGUGUUUGGCGAGCAGCUGUGCGUCAAGCGUGAAAUGUCCUCCGAGCUCGACAUCGCAUGGAACCCCGGCGCUGAAGAGAUCGAGCUGGGCGACCGCCCGUAGAGCCAGUAGAUACCAUGCAUGCCAGUAGUCUGACC